UCGGCCGACUGCGCCGACGCCGACUACCUGGGCAUCCCCGUGGACGAGUGCGAGCGCUUCCGCGAGCUCCUGGAGCUCAAGUGCCAGGUGAAGAGCACCAGCCCCUACAGCCUGUACUACCCCAGCAGCCCCCUGGACGCCAGCAAGAGUGACCCCGAGAGCGUGGACAAGGAGCUGGAGCUGCUGAACGAGGAGCUGCACAGCAUCGAGCUGGAGUGCCUGAGCAUCGUGCGCGCCCACAAAAUGCAGCAGCUCAAGGAGCAGUACCGCGAGUCCUGGAUGCUGCACAACAGCGGCUUCCGCAACUACAACACCAGCGUCGACGUCCGCAGACGCGAGCUCUCGGACAUCACCGAGCUCCCCGAGAAAUCCGACAAGGACAGCUCGAGCGCCUACAACACCGGGGAGAGCUGCCGGAGCACCCCGCUCACCCUGGAAAUGUCCCCCGAUAACUCCUUGAGGAGAGUGGCAGAGGGCAGCAGCUGCCCAGUCAGCGAAGGGGCCGUGGGGACCUCGGAAGCUUACGGGCCGUCCGCAAAGAAUCUGCUCUCCAUCACGGAAGAUCCCGAAGUGGGCACCCCGGACUAUAGUCCUUCCCUUAAAGAGCUGGACCCCGGCCAGGCCCUGGAGAGCAAGGAGAGGAAAGCCAGCGAUGGCAGCGGGAGCCCCACCCCCAGCCAGAAGCUGGGCAGCGCGUACCUGUCGCCCUUCCAGCAUUCGCCCUACAAACACGCCCACAUCCCGGCCCACGCCCAGCACUACCAGAGCUACAUGCAGCUGAUCCAGCAGAAGUCAGCCGUGGAGUACGCACAAAGCCAGAUGAGCCUGGUCAGCAUGUGCAAGGACCUGAACUCUGCCAGCCAGUUGGAACCGAGAAUGGAGUGGAAAGUGAAGAUCCGGAGCGACGGGACGCGCUACAUCACCAAGAGGCCGGUGCGGGACCGCCUGCUGAGGGAGCGCGCGCUCAAGAUCCGCGAGGAGCGCAGCGGCAUGACCACCGACGACGACGCCGUGAGCGAG